GGGCAGCGGCUACAGCUUAGUUUAGACCCCUAGCCUGGGAACCUCCAUAUGCCGUGGGUGCAGUCCUAAAAAAGACCAAAAAGAAAAACCCUCUGCCUUCCCUCAUGACUACAGCAGCCCCCAGAUUGGAAUGAUAUCACCUUGGGGCUAAGGAUGAGUUGGAGCAUAAUGGUGAACAAAUGGCAUUCUGUGCCCUGCUGAGAGGGAUUCAAGGAUGCAUUCCAGAGUUUUUAGUCUAGAAAGGUCUGGCAAAUGUUCCUGAAAGGCUAAGUAUGUUGCCAGGAAGAGAGGGACCAGAGAUUGGCCUGGAAAGCUUAGUUGUUGUGUUUGGAUUUUUCAGGAAGAACCACAAUCAAAUUAUAAAAAAAAAUAAAGACAACCCAUUCCUCUUUCAAAAUAAAUACCAGGGCCUUUGAAUAAAAUUCUGUAAACCCAAACCAAAACUGAGAUAGUUUACUGAACCCAAAGAAUCAUUUUCACUAAACCACAAAGCAAAUGUUUUCCUAAAAAUUACUUGGUUAACCAGUGCAUGAAGGGACAGUCUUUCUCAAAAUAAUUUAACUGAUCACAUAGUCCAUUCAUUCCCAGUGAGUCAGUCUGGAAAUUCACAUGUACCUCCUGCCUGAGCAGCUGAAGUCUAGGUGCCCGAGACCAACUGUAAUGCCUGUUAUGCCAUCCCCUCCCCCAUCUCUGCCACAGGCUCUAGCACACCUGCUCUCCCAAUGAUUGCCCAUCAUGAUGCCCAGCCCAGCACCAGCCCUUUGUGUUUGCUGUUCAAAUUGCAGUCCAAAAGCAGAAAUUGGCUAUUAACCCUGUAAACUGGCCUCUGCCCCCAGAGACUGAUCACUGACGUUAGAAAGCUGAGCUGACGCAGAUGAGAGCCUCUUUGUAGCAUUUCAGGGCACCCGUACCCAAAUCCAUGAAUGUGGUCCUGGGUUGAGCACAGGAUGGGGAGGGAUCGGAACCUUCAGGGGCCAAAUUAUUCCUACCUCCUGCUCAUAGACCCACAGAGGCUACGCCACCCCCUUAACAUGGGCUGGCUGGAAGGAGAGAGAGGCCCCAGCAUGUCUGCUUCCACCUGGAGUGCCCCAGCCCUGGCGCCCAGAUGUGCAGAUGAGGACCAUGCCCACAACCCCUUUUACAGGUGGCAAACAGGCCCACAGGAAGGGUAAUCACUCCCCAGACCUUUUAACAGGCCUCUUAGGCCCCCCUGAUUGUAUCGGGGAGUGCCCUGAGCUAGUGGGACUCAAGGAGACCCCAAGCAUUGCCUCUCAGGGCCACAAUUUUGGGGGUCAGAGAGGGGUCUGAAGGCUUUCUGAGGACCUAAGGGCAGGAGCUUGAGAAUGCAGUCAGGAAAGUGGGGAGAUGAGACUUCAGGAGCCAGGCUGAAGCAGCAGUCCUCUGACCAGACCUCUGAGACGUGAGGAGGGAGCAUCUAUCUGGUGACCCCAGGGCCAGCAGCUAUGCAUAUGCUGAGAUGGGAAGGGGGUUGGUGGUGAGCUGCUCCCCCUCCCCUCUUUGAGACGUCACUGGCGUCCAUGGGGGUGGAACUGCUUGAUCCAUAAAGCCUGGGGCCGACUGGCUGGGUUCCGCUGCAGCCUUGGAGAGCCACCUCAAGGAGCCACUUCAUCCACAGCUCUCCCUUGGGGGGCAGCCCUGCCAUGGCCAGCUUUGGGCUAGGCCUCCUGCUGCUGCUGCUGCUGCUGACCACACAUCCUGGAUCCUCAAAGGCUCAGCACUGGUCCCAUGGCUGGUACCCUGGAGGAAAGCGAGCCUCCAGCUCAUCCCAGGAACCCCAGCAUGCUCCUUGGCUCCCAGCAGGCAGCCCAGGCCAAAUUGCUCAUAGCCUCCCAAGCAAUGCCCUGGCUCCCCCUGAGGACACUGUACCCUGGGAGGGCAAGACCAUGGUCCAGUGGCUUCUCCGUGGGAAGCAGCACCUGGUGCAGAAACUGCUGGUAAGUAGGGCGCAAGGCCCCCAGCACUGGCCAGGGAGGGGUUGGGGAUGGAAGGAACAAGAUACCACUGAGAUAUCCCUUGGCCCAGCUAUUGGUGCCACGUGCUAUUCAGUACCCCCAAAUCUAGACAGUUUAUGAUGAGAUAAUAUGUUAGAUUAAAGCAAAUGAGUUACUAGUGGAGUAGGAGGUAACUACUAAAAACCUCCAUAAAUAAGACAGUGGCAGUAAUGAGGUUCCCCAGACUUCUUGACAGUCUGGAGAAACCACUGUGUCUCCAGGUGCGCAGGCCGGCAGCCAGUGGAAAGUGAGGGGUGCGACCUUACACUUAGCUGUAGGGCCCUGAAAACCAGCUGGUUACUGAUAGCUGCACUAGGAAUGACUCAAGAGCUCCCCAAGGCCAAUAGCGAAAAACAAGUGUAGGGAGGUGGUUUAUUACUGUCUUGCAAAUUGUAUUUUAAAGUGCCCCUUGGGAGCAUCUUAACUAAAGGAGAAAGAUAAAUUCCUGUAAGGCAGGCAAAACCUUAUCCCCAAAUAUAAGCUGGUAGGAGCUCAGGUUUAAGGUGAGCUACACCUCCACGCCUACGAAGCUGGAGAACCUGCACGCUGUGUCCUCUAGGAGGCAACAGUGCAUCCGCAAGAAGUGGGAGUGGGGAACACCCGCCGGCCGGCGGCCGAUCCCACGCAGCUGGGCCUAGUCGGGACGGGAAGGAAAGGAGGGCGUGGGCAAGGCCUCAGCUCCGCGGUCAGAUGACCAGAGCGUCCAGUGGAAUGACCGCCCCUUCCUCCCACAGACCCGACCACGACCGCUGCGCCCCGCUGCCCUCCAAUAAAGGUGUGAAGUUUCCUGAGUUUUUGCAUCUUCUUUCGUUUGUCCCCUCUCUUCCACCCCUACUGACAGCCAUUCCCGCGUGUGGCUGGAGAGACGCGGGCCGGGGACAUGGGGCGGGACUGGACCCAGCAGGGAGGACACAGCAGGCGAGAGCAGCCUGAGGUGUCAGCGGGCUCCUGAGGGUGGGGGUAGAGUCGCCGGACUACAUGUCCCGUGGUGCUUCGCGCGCCACUUCCCGGCAC